GACCGAGUUCCGAGCAUUUUGUGCAACACCAACUCGCAUUUCAUCGUCACCAACAAACCAAGUACCUAUGUAAUGUCCUGCACAAGUGCGGGGUAACAACUGCUGCCAAUCCGGAAUGUCAUGAUCUCGAUAUUACAGCCUCAUCUUUUCGCGGGAUCUGAGGAUCUGCCCAGGGAUGGCGCUGUGAUCGAGCAUCACUACCCCCUUGGCUUAGCUCAAAGCUGCUCACUGGCCACAAAUCAGCUCCCAUGACUGUCGGAACCAGCAUUUCCCCCUCCUUCAUGUGAAUUCCAUCUUCAGAGGACUGGCAUUUGACGAUUUUUGACAGAGUAGCGUAUCGCCUACCGUGUCAGGGACAACAUGGCCCAAUGUGUGCGUUUUCUGACAGCAAUGGCGCCAUUUACUACUGCAACAUUACGGCAUCAUGUUGGAAUACUAGUAUCGAGCUGUCCAAGGUGGUUAGCUCGACUGGUCAAGACUCAAGAGCUCUUGAGGUUCAGGGAACAGCUGACAGGGAGUGAGAGCUUGCUGUCCACUCAAGCUUACGCCACAAACGACAUCAUAGCUGCUCCGCUACCCCUCAUGAGCUAGUGCUCUUUGUUCUUUAUGUUGUAAUUCGAAAUUGAUACGAAGAAACGUUUGACUCGUUAAAUUGUUGGUCCUCAAGAAGCAAUCAUCAUGGAGAAGAUCAAGAACAUUCUCAAACCUGGGAAAUCUCACGACGAUGAGGCUCUAUAUGGUGCGGAACAGUCAACAAAACAUACUGGGGGUCUUACUGGCGAGGGAAGUCAUCUCGGAGGCACAACAAACCCUUCUAGCACGACGAACCCUAUUUCAACCAGCGGUCAACACAACACGGGCGUUGGAAACACAUCUACUGGCUUAGGGAGUCAAAAUGUUACCAGCGGCUCCGCUUUGGGAAACACUAGUGGUCAAACAAGUCAGUUGGGUCAACAAUCAGGUCAAGGAAGCCACCUAGCAAGUGCCACCUCAGGCGGUCCAACUCAUACCUCAGGAGUCACAACCACUACUACAACACAAACCCAUACUGGCCAGUCCCACGCUGGCCAAUUCCAUGCCGAUCAAUCCCACGCUGGGAGAGAUGCGGGGUUAGCUGGAGCUACUGCUGGCGGUAUUGGACUUGCGCAUGACAGUCAUGGACAGCAAUCUGGACAUGGCGCAUAUGGAACGACCAGUGGUCCUCACACAUCUGACCUAGCCAACCGUGCAGACCCUCGAGUCGACUCGGAUAACUCAAGAUAUCCCACCCAAUCUAACCCACAAACUAAUACACCCCAGGGAGGACUGGGCAAUGCACAGAUCGGCGGGGGUUCCAGUUCAAUUGGUCAGUCUGCCCUUUCCAGCCUGACUGGAGGUUCGACUGGUUCUGCUGAGCAAUCGGGACCUACACAAUCUGGCUCGACACCUAGGCACAUUCCUGGCGAGUGGAUUGACGAGACUGACACGUCUCGUUAUGCAGGAACAGGUGCAUCAGAUACCAACACGGGAGCAGGCAGUCACUUAGGACGAGAUACCGCAGCCCUGGGCACAGCAGGUGCCGUUGGAUCGGGGAUUCAUAGCCAGAGAGACACUGACCGCGGUCUUGCCUCCACGACUGGUUCGUCUAAUUUGGCCCAUGGUUCUCAAACCGGUCACGGUGUUGAUUACGCAGGAUCUCAACAAGGGACGAGUAAUUCAGCGGAUAAUCAUUUAGGUAGAGAUGCUGCUCUGAUCGGAGGUGCAGGUGCUGUAGGAACUGGUAUUCAUAGCCAUCAAGAUCGCACCCGCGACUCUGCUUACACUGGCCCUGGUUACACUGGCUCUGGUCAGACGACCACCCAGCACGCCAGCGGUUCUCAUGGACCUCAUUCCACUGAUACCGCCAACCUUCUUGAUCCAUCCGUAAACACACGAGGUACGAGUGGUUAUGAAGAUGCUCAUCACCAUUCCCCAACCCAAGGAGGUGGUGCGGAAGAGGCCGAUCACCACCAUGGCCGAAACACUGCAAUCGGUGCUGGUAUCGGGAGCGCUGCAGCAGUUGGAGUAGCUCAUCAGUAUGGUCAACAUCAGCAUGAUCGCGGCACUGGCGUUGGUGCAACUGGAGGCUCAGGUGUUGGACAUUCUGCUGGGCUUGAAUCAACGCAAGGAACGGGACUUGGAGCCUCAACAGGAGUAUCUCAGUCCAGUACAGGUCCAGCACCACAUACUGUUGGGCCUCAUUCAAAAGACUGGCAAAACGUGGCUGAUCCAAGAAUCAAUCCUAACAAUGCGGCUGAACAAGCGUCACAGGCUCAGACCGGAACUCAUCCCACCUCUGAUUCAAGCGGACAUCACUAUGGACGAGAAGCGGCAAUUGGGGCAGGCGCCGUAGGAGCGGGAGGUCUUGCAGGCAGCCAGUACCAGAGGCAUCAAGCAGGAACAGAUGCUGGAGCAUCGAACCCCACAGGCGCUCAUCAAACUUCGUCUGGCUUGACAUCUGGACCAGCACCAAAUACUGCGGGACCACAUUCCUCGGACAUGUUAAACAAGUUGGACCCUCGCAUCACUGCGAAUCCAACUGUUGCCCAAGGAAAUCCUCAGGCUCAGUCCGUGUUGAGUCAGAGUGACAAGUCUCAUGCAGCCACUGGCGGCUAUGCUGCUCAGCCAUCAUCUUCAAAUCAGAAAGAUUAUAAUUAUGGUAGGGACGCCGGGCUUGCUGGCGGAGCCACAUCAGCUUUUGUAGGACAUCAUCAGGGCGAAAGCACUGACCCGGGUCGAGUACAUGGCACUUCAGCAACAUCUCAAGAUCCUUACUCUAGCCAGCGCUCAACAUUGGAUCCGACUGCGGACCGUUCCAAAGACCACCAUUACGGUCGGGAUGCUGCAAUUACAGGAGGAGCGGGUACAGCAGCGUACGCCGCUGGCAGACAUCACAAUCAGGGCGAAAGUGCGGAUUCAAGCAGAGCCCACGGCGCCUCGACAGCUUCUCAAGACCCUUACUCUACAAGUUCUACUCAGCGAUCGACAGUGGACCCUACCACAGAUCGUUCCAAAGAUCAUCACUACGGUCGAGAUGCUACUGUAGCUGGUGGUGCUGCAGGUAUCGGAGGUGCAACCUAUGAAGCAGACAAGCACAGCCGAGAGAAAGAGCUUGCCAAGGCACAAAGGGAGGCUGAGAAGGACCAUAAACAUGACGUGAAGCAUGCAGAGAAGGAUGAUAAGCAUCAUGAGAAGAAAAAGGGUGGCUUUUUGUCAUUCCUCCAUCGUGACAAGAGUAAGAAGUAUUCUGCUGAAGAGGAGGCCGAAUUCGAUCGCCAAGAACGUGAGCAUCAUGCGUCUCAAUCCCACACGGGCCGAAAUGCAGCUCUAGGCGGUGCAGCAGUCGCCGGAGCUGGAGCAGGCGCUUAUGCUGCCGGCCAACAUCAUGAUGCCGACACUAACAAGUCUCUUCCAACUGCUCCAGGCAAUCAUGGUAUUGGGACAGGAGAGGGUACUCAAAAUGCCCUAGCCGGAGCUGGUCACACUUCUGGCAUUCAUCACGAUGACCAGACCCAUGGAACUCCACUUCCACUGAAACCUGCUGGAAAGGAUAUUGGCGAUAUGUUGCACGGUGUUGAGCGAAACCGAGGCGUCACUGGUGCUACUGGGUUCCCAGAUCAGCCAGGUUUUGGUGACGGUACCACUGGCCAUCAACAUUCGGUUUCUGAAGCUACAACUGACCGUGACGGUCGUCCAAUUGGAUCCGGCACCACUGGGGCAGGCUAUGGAUCACAGCAGACUGGCCGCGAAUUCCCCCUCGGUCGUUCCAAGCAUGACUCUGAGUACACGGACAAGAAUGCUCCUAUCCAUACCACAUCGCAUGGCCAAUCUGACCACCAUACCACUCGUAAUGCCGCGGCUCUUGGAGGUGCUGGUCUUGUUGGAGAACACGAAUACCGCAAGCACGACACUGCUACUGGUCAUCAGUCUGGCUUGACUGGCUCGCAAGGACAGUCUGGCCUCUCUGGAAACCAGUUGUCAAGUGGAUAUCAAAGUGUUCUCGACCCAGGCCACCAAACAGGUACUUCUACUGGUCAACAAGAUUACCGCCAACAUGGUAACACGUCAGGAUACCAAACUGGCCACAACACAACAGGACUCGGAUCCAGCGGUCAACAAGAUUAUCGUCAACAUGAUACCACUUCAGCAUAUCAGCCUGGCCGCGAGACCAGCGGUCUCGGCUCCACUGGUCAACAAGACUACCGUCAACCCGGUAUGUCUUCAGGAUACCAAACUGGCCACGAGACAAGCGGACAAGGUUCAAGCGGGUACCAUCACGACACAAACACAGGAUCUUCAGGCCUGACAGGCUCCAAGACUUCCGACCUCAGCGGCAGGAACAGAUUGCACAAGGAUCCUCCAUCCAGCCACCCUGCUGCUCAAGCAUACUCGGGGGGCGAUGAUAAGGGAGCUCAUGUUCCUGCUAGCGGAGCGGAGAGAGAACGUCUUCUGCAGCAGGGAAAGAGCGAUCUUGAUCGUGAUACGGGGGUUGCGAAUGCGCCGGGUAAUUCUAGCACCAAUUAUUGAUUGGUUAGUACUGUUGGAGCAUGUAUGAUUUUACUUGGCUAUUUCCUUGAGGAUUUUGUACUGGGAUUGUGGCUCGGAUUCGGAAGGUAUUUAUGAAAUGUAAUGAGUAUACGCAAAAGCCAAAUGAUAUGUUCCUUUGAAUGGCAAUUUCACUUCAUCGUCUAUAAUUGAUUGCCGUAGAUAAGACGGACUGAGGCGCUGGUUUCCCGUGCCCUUGUUCUGUCCCAGUUCGUGUAUUCUCUUGAGUGCCAUUUCUCGCAUCAAAAUGCGUUUUGUGUCACGCACUACUGCGUUAUGUCGGUGACCGAAACUGGAUCCCAAGAGAAUUCGAAGUCUCUAAAAUAUCCCCACAGCAGUGAAGUCUGAUGAGCAGCAGAAGGUGCAAACCUUGAAUGUUUCACUAUAUGGAGAUACGAAACUCCACAUAUCCUGUUCCUCCCUCGCUACCACCAACUUGCUCAUGUUGUUUCCCAUACAAAACAUCUCUAUCUCGCAACCAAUGGAAAAGACACGACCCACAACCAGAUCGUGCACCAAAAGAGUUCAACUCAAUCAAUGGACAACUCCGACUCUCCUCAUCAAACAAGACAUCGAACGUGAACCCUUGCUCCAGCAACAACUUAUCCAUUUCCCCUCCACCACCUUUCUCCACAUCUGCCAUAAUCUCAGCAUGAAUCCGCAGACUCUCCUCCAUAAUCACCCCCACUACCCCAUCAAUCUCUCCUGGUACUUUACUGCUAAGAAAAGACGCCUUAUGCCACUUAUACUGCGACACAACCGUAAUUCUCCCAUCAGGCGGCGCGCAGAAAACACGGAACUCCUUCGCAGUAUCCAUCUUUGCGUUGUACGGUAAGAAAACCAGUUCAACGAAUCCACCAUUCUUCUCUUUCUGUCGAAUCAUGGCGUUCGUAGCGCGAUGGCUAGUUGUCAAACGAAGAAUGAUCUGCUCUGCUGAUUUCAGUGGUGCUGUGCCUUUGACGCCAUCUUUUGGCGAGCAUUCGUCUAGACGGAGGAAGAAGCCUUCGGGUGGGAAAGAGAGGGUCUCAAAUGCGGAUUUGAAGGUUGCAAGCUCUUCUGCGUAGAGACGGUUGAGCUCUCGGGUGUGUAAUGAGGCUUGGGAGGCGUCGAGGAUGAGUUGUGUUUGUGGUGGUGUGAGAGUCAUGUGUUGUAUGGAUGCUGGUGGGAUGGCUUGAGAACGGAUUAUGAGCGGGAGCCAGCGCAGGAAUGAUUGAGGUGUUUCUGAGGUAAUUGGUAGACCGGGAGCUUCGAGUUCGGUGUGAAAGUUGCUAUUGUAAGCUUCUGGAUCGGAGUCCACGUCGUCGGACCGGAUCUUGACCAGUUUCAUGGUGGUUGGCAUUCUCGAAAAUUGUGUUUUGAACGAAUAAGGAUAGUGCAACUCAACCCCUUACCAAAUGAAGCUC